GUAUGCAUUGUGCAGAAGAGAGACACCAAAAAAAUGUAUGCGAUGAAGUACAUGAAUAAACAGAAAUGCAUUGAAAGAGAUGAGGUUCGGAAUGUCUUCAGGGAGCUGCAGAUUAUGCUAGGUCUUGAACACCCUUUCCUUGUAAAUCUUUGGUACUCCUUUCAGGAUGAAGAGGAUAUGUUCAUGGUAGUGGAUCUUCUACUAGGAGGGGACCUGCGCUACCACUUACAGCAGAAUGUACAUUUUACAGAAGAAACCGUGAAAAUGUAUAUCUGUGAAUUAGCACUAGCCCUAUACUACUUGCAAAGCUGUCAUAUAAUCCAUAGGGAUAUUAAACCUGAUAACAUUCUUCUUGAUGAGCACGGACAUGUGCAUAUUACUGACUUUAAUAUUGCCACUGUAUUGAAAGACUCAGCAAAGGCUACAUCUAUGGCUGGAACUAAGCCUUACAUGGCUCCUGAAGUGUUUCAUUCUUUUAUGGAGGGAGGCCCUGGUUACUCCUAUCCUGUAGACUGGUGGUCAUUGGGGAUCACAGCAUAUGAACUUCUGCGAGGCUGGCGACCUUAUGACAUUCAUUCCAUCACCCCAGUGGAUAACAUUCUCAACAUGUUCCGAGCAGAGCGAGUCCACUACUCCUCCACCUGGUCCAAAGGCAUGGUGUCGUUAUUGAGAAAGCUUCUUGCCAAAGACCCAGAGUGCCGUCUUUCAAGUAUUACAGAUAUCCAGAGCUCCCCCUACCUGGCUGAUGUGAACUGGGAUGCUGUUCUGGAGAAGGCUGUUUCUCCUGGCUUUGUUCCGAAUAAAGGGAGGCUGAACUGUGAUCCUACUUUUGAACUGGAAGAGAUGAUCCUGGAGUCUAAACCUCUCCACAAAAAGAAGAAACGGUUAGCUAAAAGUAAAUCUAAAGAUGCCUCUAAAGAAUCUUGCCCACUGCCUGCCCAUUUGCAGCAGUGUCUCGAAACGGUACGGCAGGAAUUCAUCAUAUUCAACAGAGAAAAGUUAAGAAGACAAGGACAGAGUGUGCCGACAGCCAGUCCUGACAGCAAAACUACUAUUUCCACGCAGGGGAAAGUGCAGGACGGACAUAACAACAAUAUGCUUAGACUAGUUGAGGCCUCUGCAAUCUGCCGCAGAUAGUUGCAAACACAAAGCCCACAGCACAUCAUCAACCAUUGAAAGAUCCCACUAGACUGAACUCUGUGCAUGUCGUCUUUUUUUAGAAAGAAAUAAAGUUCUCUAAAGAGUUAAAAUGGGAACAGUCAUUGUAAGCCUAUGAAAAUUCUGGUUCACCAUAAACCAAUUCCCCAGUAGGUUACCUUGUUCUGUUUAAAGACACGCUAUGGCUGCACACUAAUGAAUAAGAAGCUCUGAUCAGAAUCCAUUCCACAAAUAAAUGUCACAUUUUAAAACACCUGCUGCUUAGUCUUUAGAAUAGAACCUUCAAAGUCCCCUGAACCGCAUGAAUCUUCCCAUGCUCCAUGGAUGUGUGCUGCAUGAGAUAAUUGUGCCCAAAAGACCUGUAUCUCUGCUGUGUUUUUUAUUUUUUAUUUUUUAUAUUGGCAGUAUUUCUCACUUGAGUGGUAUACAGAAAUCGAUGUAUAUAAUACUACACAUACAGCCUUGACAGCAUAUCAGCAGAUCACUUCAUUAUCAAUAUGAUUGUACUACAAUGGACUAUUCUCUGUCUUAAAAAAAAAAAAAAUCAAAUAUGUAUGUAAUUUUCAGUUGGUUUUAGAAAUGUACUAAAUGAAGUUUAGAAACUGACGGCACAUGCAAGGUUAUCUAAUUCACCCCUGGAAGUAAAAAUAAGCCUAUUUUUCUGCAUUCCACAUGCAUUGCAUCCCCAAAUAAUUAAUUAACAGGCAUUGUACCAUUCUUCAGCAGCAGAAACCCCUGCUUCCCCCACUGUAUUAGGGUGCAAGUAUUUGUAAAAAUGUCUACUUCAGAAAAUGGUGUUUCUUUGAUUUUUUAUUUUUAUUUAUUUAUUUUUUAGACAUGUUAACAUAACAUUCAGCAGGUUUCAUUCCACUUUAUGAAGCAAAAUAAGUUAAUUCCAAAGGGUGAUGCAAAGCUUUUGGCCAUAGCUGCAUAUAAACAGAGCAUAGGAAGAACUCUAAAUGAUUGCAAACACUAUAAAAUAGUAAGCAUUAACAAUGUUUUUGAAGUUAUUUUUUUUUCUAUGUGGAAUUUAAGCUUUUCAAGUCUUGAUUCUGGUCACAUCCACUUCUCUCACUAUGUCAAUUAAGUCUGCAACUGCAACAUAUGUGAUCUGAAUCCAAGAUUUUGACAAGUCUAAAAUACACAUCAAAUAUAAUUUCAACUGCACAGGGAUUGAGAAAGGGUGACAAUAGUAUACUGCUAAUAAAGUAGACCUUUUUAAAUGACCACUUUAGAUAAAUGAGGGAAGCAGAAAGCUAGCUGAUUGUGUGGGCAUCUGAGCUGAACACUGUACAAAAGUAUCUGACAAACAACAAAUUGACAAAAGUUCAAAUGAGGUUUGCAUCUAGUGCCGGUAACUGCGAUUGAUUUGAAAGCUGCCACAUUGACUAACACAGCGGUUUGCUGGUGGGCUCGCUGUUUUGGCAUCAGGAGGUAGACAGUGCGCUGCAGUAUAUAGAUGGGAUCUGAACUCCCCUGUAGACAUUCAGACAGCCACAAAGAACUAGAAAACUAUAAAGGCAAAAUUAGAAGUAUUCUGAAAGUAUUAUGCAUCCCCAACAGUGAUUGCAUUUUCCUAUGACCAGUUUUUUCUCGGUUAAAUUUAUGGAGUUGUAAUGAAAACAUAAAGCAGAUAUUUUAUGUGGGCAGCCCUGAAUGUUUGGGUCCUCUCAGAAAAGGCAGUAGGUAGUCCUAAAUCUGUAUCUGUGUCACCCAGACCUGGCACUGGAUAAUCUUACAGCGACCAUGCUGCAGGAAAUCAUGUAGGUGUGUAUUCCUUCUUGGUAUGAUACAAAUGUUAGGCUGGGGAAGUUAAUUACUAAUUUUAAAACAUUUUGCACCCCCUUCUAAUAAAGGAGGGAUUUUUGCAUGGUGCAUUACCAAGCAACUGUUUUACAAUUGACAGCACACCCACAAAUAACUUAAACAUCAAAGCUUAUUGGCCCACUGUGCUGCUGUACGCAGUAUAGGUGCUGACUUUCAUUUGUUUCUUUGUAGUUGUGGUAUUUCUUGAAUCUUGUGUUAUUUAUUUAUUUAUUUAUUUUUACUACAGUACAGUAUAAAAUGUUAUUUAAUUCCAAGGGGUUUCCAGUUGGUUCUAUCACCUUGAAAAAAUGUCUUCUGCAAAAAACAGGGAGAAAAAGCUUGCCAUUGUUUAAUGAAAUCAUAAAACAUUUUGUGUGAUUAUCAUAUAUACAUUGUCUGAUUCUGUUACAUUGUAUAUUAAAACUGUUUACAAUUUUUAUAGUAGUUUAGCGAGCAAACAAAAUGUAAAGCAUUGGGUGAUAUUUUUUAAAAGAAAUGUGUCAACAUUUGAUUAAGACCCUAA